AUGAAAAAGAAAACGCAGCAGGCGCAAAGUGGUGCUGCGGUAAUAGAAUCUGGUGAUGUCGGAUGCGAAAAGGGAAAAGGGAAAACGCAAUUGUCGAUUGUAAACAAACAGCCCACACCGCCCGCCCCCACCCGCCACAAGGCUGCGGAGACACGUCAAGUCGCGACUGUGGCUGCCGUCGCAUUUCAUCCCGCCAACUCAAAAAAAGACGACCAAAACACUCCGCCUAAACUGACAGCAAGCUUGUGGUCUCCAGUAUCCUACAGAGGCAUCGCUGAUCCACCACACCUCAAGAUGUUCGACUACACCAACUUCGAUCACGUCUUUGGGGCGGAGCAGUUCCCUUACGAUCGCAAGUCCGUUCAGGAAAUCGACACCUACCGCAAGAGCCUCGAUGGCGCCCUCUUCAUCGACCGGGUCCUGAAAGCCUUGGGUCUCACCAAGUCCAAGAUAUAUCCUCCCAAAACCGAGAAUGCUCUGCGCACACUACACCAGCAAUUAUGCGAAGCCACCAUGUCAGCGCACCACCGACUCUCGAUCUUCUACUACAUCCUGCUCGACUUUGACACGAGCCAGACUAGAUCCCAGGCAUCGUCAAAGUUCGCCGUCACGUCCGGUGUUCCCAAAAACUAUCAGAUCUUCAUGAAGGGUCUUUGGCUUCUGGAUCAUCAACAAUUCGAGAAAGCACUCGAGUAUAUUGCGCACCCUUCCCUAACUACCGACUUUGCCGAUGAGAUCAUGACAGCGCUUGUGCGCAAUGCCCCCGACGGCGACUACACCCUGCCUCUCUCAUACUUCCACACUGUCCAGCCAAUUCUCAAGACAUCCGAGGCUCUCGAGCUUCUCUUCGACGCCAUGUCAAGAACUAGCGUCACUGAAGCCCUCUACUUUUCCAGAACCCACGCCGAUGCUGUCAGGGCACAGCUGUUCCGCCAGCUUGUCUCCAACGUGAUUGGCGCUCCUGCGAACGAAGAGACAGCCGCAAGGUCAACUGAGCUUAUUGGGUUGCCCUUUGAUGCGGCAGAGGAGGCCUGGUUCGAGGACUUCCUUUCUCGCGAAGACGGAAAGAAGCUGAAGAGAGCGCGAGACACACUCCUCGUGAGAAAGCUGGUGACGGGUAGGCUAAGUGAAGCUGUGCAGGAUAAGAAUCAUGGAGGUGGCUGGGGAGUGGUACUGGAAGGUGUUAAGAGCGGCCUAGGAGGCCGAGCAGAGACUGGUCUUCAUAAAGUUCACACUUCAAAACCUAAUGACUUGACAAAGCGAGUUACUCCCGCGUCGGCGUCCUGCCAUGCAUUUGUUGAAUUGCGACUGUUCACCUCGGUGACGCCAAGUCACACCUUGCAGGUCACCCCCCGGCCGCCCGCACCGCCCGCCCACACCAUGGAGUCCAGUCACUUUAGCUGCGUCAACCGCUUCCGCCGCCUUACGCCAAAUCACCCGUCCUUCACCGUCUCUCAUCUCGCGCGUUACAACUCACUUUUCAUUCCCCCCUCUCACCAUUGCGUCGGGACGAUGAGCAACCCCGCUAAAGGCGUCAAAUUUGUCGGCUCCGACUCUUCGGGGCUUCCCUUGAAGCGGAAGCAGGUUCUGCAGGCCUGCGAAUCAUGUCGCAGAAAGAAGAAACGCUGCAUCCACGGGGAACCUCCGCCGUUGGAGCCCGCCCAUGACGGGUGUGCGGGUUCUUCGCCGCCGGACAAUGCUGGACAACAUGUCAUCGCCGGAACUGGUUCGCCAAGCAAACAUCGUUACUCGGCGUCCGUGACCGCUGAUGCCGUGCUGUCCACGACCCCUGUUCGCCGUGAAUCUGCCACGGCGGGCCAUUCAGAGCCAGCGCAGACUCCACAGACGCGCUUCGUUGGCGAUCUUAACCCGGAGGGCAUGUUCGCCGAGGCCGCCGACUCAGAUCCGGCCGCUAAUCCUACACAGAAGGCCGAGGUGGGUGUCUGGCUUCCGUCACUCAAUGCCGCUUCGGCACAGUCGACCACCUCCGUUGUUUCGCGUCCGUCGGCCAUUAUCGACAAGGUCUUGCUGCCUUAUGUCAAGCAGAAUUGUCUCACCUGUGUUCCACCGGAGAAGGAUUAUAAACAUCUCCACAAGGUGUACCGAGACAAAAUCCAUCCUAUUUUCGGCCUUGUCCCAGACGAGGCUUUGGAUGAUGGCGAUUCCCCAGCAGCUAUUGUCAUGCGACAAGUGGUAUGCCUCGCCGCUGCCACUGACCCUGACAUGAAAAGCCAUCUGCGCCUCGCUACGCAAGGGAACAAGAGGCUCUCGUACCAAGACUUCUCCCAGACGUUGUCUAGCUCUAUACGGGCCAUCCUGGAUACGAGCUUGAUCUCGGACCGGACGAUACACAUACGUGCCUUGUGCAUGCUAUCACUGUAUGCCCAGCCUUCAGGUGCUGAUGAAGCAGAUUUGCCUGCUCAACUUGGCGCCAGGGCCGCGCACCAUUCGCAGACCCUUGGGCUGCACCUCUUUCACUCCAGCAACGACUCUCUUGAUACCCUUUUUUGCGCUGUUUGGGCACUAGAUCGUAUCAACGCGGCGACCUACGGAAGACCUUGCGUCCUGCACGAGGGUGACAUCGGUCCCGGGCUAGACGACUGUUUCCGCAGACAAGCGCCCUGCUUCCAACUUUUCCUAUCGGUCGUGCAGUGGCUGGAUAAGGUGAUUGAGCUCUAUCGUCCGGGUGUUAUUGCUCAGUCGCUGGAAGCAAAGCCCUUUAUCGAUCUACCAGUCCUCGAGCCUAUGAUCCUCGAAGCCAAUGCGUUGCAGGUUCCCACGCCGCUUCUUGCCACAAUAGAGGUCUUCUACCACGCCGUAAUCAUCCUCUCAUGCCGCUUAUCCAGACCAGGACCCCCAGCACAAUACGCAUCAUCAGUACCACCGCCCUCAGCAAACGCACGACGCUCUCUCGCAGCCGAGCGAAUAUCCUCCGCCAUCCGCCGCGAUCACCUCAGCCCGGUCCCUCUCGUCCCAUAUGCCCUCUCUCUAGCCCUCAGCGUCGAGUACCGCAAAAUGCGACACAGUGCCCUCCCCAUGUUCCGCGCCCGCGCCCGCAGCGCAUUCAAGUCCAACUCGGAGCUCAUGAAGCGGUUCGGCGACGUCUUCUGGAGCGCACGGGUCGUCGCGGGACUGGGCGAGCGAAUCCUGCGAGAGAUGGAGCGGGCUGCAAACUCCAUUGCCCAAGAAGGGGGUGCGGCUUUGCCAUCGGCUGCUGCUGUUGUUGACGUACCUGUGAAUGGUAAAAUCGACGAGCCUUUGGUGGUUGACGGGGCACCGGCCGAGCCGCCGUCGGCUCCCUUGGCUCCUGCGUCAACCGCCGAGCUCCCGGCGCUGGAAGCGAUUGACUUUUCGAUUGUCGAUGCGAUGCCGCAUCUAGAUGUCUUUGGCCACUUCGAUCCGAGCUUCAACCUAUCGGCAGUCGAUAACGCUUUGGAGGCUAACCUCGAUAUAGGGCUGCCCCUCAACUGGGGUGAGAUUCCCCACGCCUCAGAUGCAUUGAUGGCACAACGUUUGGCUGAGAUAUCCAGGCUAUCGCCAGACCAUCAGUCACGGCAUGUUGUGGUGAUUACCUACCCAAUGACAUCUUAUACCCAUUAA